GGGGCGCCGGGCGCCGCCAUAUUGGCUGUUGUCCUGUGAGGGGAGCGGCGGCGGCGGCUGCGGCGGCGGCGGCGGAGGCACGAGAGGAGCUAGCGAGCGGGGGAGCGGCGCGAGAGGCAGCAUGACUCGGAGGCGGAGCAGGCCGAGCGGCGGCGCGGGCCGGCGGGAGCGGGCGCGGGCCGCGGGGCUGCAGAAGCCCCAGGCGCCCGAGCCGCAGCCGCCGCCGCCGAGCCUGGAAGCGGGAGCGGGUGCAGGGCCCCCGGAGGUGCCCGCCGAGCCGGAUCGCGACGGCCCCCGAGAGGAAGACGAGCCCAAGCUGGCUCCAGGCCCUCAGGUAGGAUCGAGCAAGACGACUCCGACUGCCGGGCUGCUUACACCUCCCCAGAGCGGGAGCGGGAGUGGGGCGGGAGUGGGCAUGGACCAUGCUGUGGGUCUGGGGCCAAAUCCCAAGUCCGGGGCAGAUGCUUUCAACCCGCUUGCCGGGAAUGGAGGCUGGACCCCUCUCCAAAGCCAAAGCUCAGCCAACCCUCUUGCGACCCUUGUAAAGCUACCCGUUCAGGCCCUGCUCCGGAGCUAAAUCUUCUGACCAUUUAUGCUCUCUGGGACUCUCUCAGGUCCCGAGACCACCGCUUAGUCCACCGCUGGGUUCUCUGCCCUCCACUUCCCUUUGGAGCCACCUGAUCCGCCUCCCCCCUUGCCCCUAAAAGACCAUCAUCUCAGGGCGCCGGAACCUGCAAGACUGCAGCCUCUGUGCGCCCCCCCGCCCCCGCCCCCGCCCCCGCCCCCAGCAGCUUCAUCCCUUCCCCUGCACCGUCUGCAGCCGCUACCCUCAACAGCUGUACCUCUCUGCAUCUGCCUUCCGGGACCUCUCUUCUUUCCCUACCCAGCAGAACAGUUGGAGUAGAGAGUCAGGCGGCCCCAAAGACUGUUAGAAUAACUCCACUAAAGAGGAAACCCUUGUUCUCCUCCUAUCUCCUGUCCCAAGGCGCCCCCACUCCCACCUCCUACCCCACCAGUCCACUAGUUUGGUGAAUCCUGCGAGAGUAAGAGUAUUUGGGAGGAUUCUCAUAAGCUCCAGCUUGCCACCUGGAAGGUCACUUUCUUUUGAGCAAAAAUGAGCAAACAGGAGAGGCGGGGGUGGCGUGGGCCACAGUUGCUCAGGGAGGGUUGUGGCACCCGGGGCUGGGUGGCUCGCCCUAAGCUUGCUCUGACAAAAGAGUUUUGAGUUGGUUUUUUGGCUGAGCCUGCCAAGGAAGGCAGGCCCCUGCAGGAGUCUUGGAGGGUCGGAUGCAGCGCCCGGAUGAGGACGAGGCGUGGCGGAAGAUGCGUUUGGCUCUGCAGACACUGCAUCGGGCAGCAGGGGACUCUGGGAGGCUGGUGCAGCCUGAAGGCAUGGCUCUUGACAGCCUUCUAGUAGAAUCUCUGGAAUUGUGCAUGGCAGAAGAGGAAAGAAACUAACGGGUAUUGAGCACCUACUGUGUGCCAGACCCAGGCCAGGUUCCCCCUACCUCCAGCCAGUCUGUGCAGACUUGUUGCCUGCUGUGUCACCGCGAGCGCAAAGGCUGGGAAGAAGGCCCUUCACAAAAUGGACUGGUGUUGCAGGGUGAGAAGCUGCCCCCUGACUUCAUGCCAAAGCUCGUCAAGAAUCUCCUAGGCGAGAUGCCUCUGUGGGUCUGCCAGAGCUGCCGAAAGAGCAUGGAGGAGGAGGAGAGGCAGACAGGUGGAGACCAUGCAGUGGCGAUCUCCUUGUCACAUACAUCCUGCAAAUCACAGUCUUGUGGGGGUGACUCUCAUUCAUCCUCGUCCUCUUCAUCAUCCUCAUCUUCCUCCUCCUCUUCCUGCCAUGGGAACUCAGGGGACUGGGAUCCCAGCUCGUUCCUGUCAGCACAUAAGCUCUCAGGCCUCUGGAAUUCCCCACACUCCAGCGGGGCUGUGCCAGGCAGCUCACUUGGGAGUUCUCCUGCCAUCCCUGGUGAGGCUUUCCCUGUCUCGGAGCACCACCAGCACUCAGACCUCACUGCUCCCCCUAACAGCCCCACUGGCCCUCCCCCCCACCCAGCAUCUCUGAUUCCUUCUCACCCUGGUUCCUUCAGCUCGGCAUCCUACCCACCCCCACUGCCCACCACCCCAGCGGCACCUUUCCCCCCUCAGGCUUCAGAGUGCCCUAUGGCUGCUGCCACUGCCACCCACCCCUCGGGGCCAUGUCAGAGCCCUCAUCCGCCCUCCACCAGCAUGCCACUCCUGAAGAUGCCUCCACCACUCUCGGGGUGCAGCCACCCCUGCAGCGGGCACUGCAGCGGGCACUGUGGUGGUCCUCUCCUCCCACCACCAAGCUCUCAGCCGCUCCCUAGCACUCACAGCAGGGACCCUGGGUGCAAGGGGCACAAAUUUGCACACAGUGGCCUGGCCUGUGAGGCAGAUGAGGGUCUGGGCGAGGAAGAGGAUAGCAGCUCUGAGCGCAGCUCUUGCACCUCGUCCUCCACCCACCCCCGCGAUGGGAAGUUCUGUGACUGCUGCUACUGUGAGUUCUUCGGCCACAAUGCGCCACUCGCUGCCCCGACGAGCCGGAAUUAUACUGAGAUCCGGGAGAAGCUCCGCUCAAGGCUGACCAGGCGGAAAGAGGAGCUGCCCAUGAAGGGGGGCACCCUGGGCGGGAUCCCUGGGGAGCCUGCGGUGGACCACCGAGAUGUGGAUGAGCUGCUGGAAUUCAUCAACAGCACGGAGCCCAAAGUCCCCAACAGCGCCAGGGCUGCCAAGCGGGCCCGGCACAAGCUGAAAAAGAAGGAAAAAGAGAAGGCCCGGUUGGCCACAGAAGCUCUGAAGCAGGUGAAUCGUGGUUUGGGAAGCCAGGAGCUAAGGCCUGCCAGGGAGAGGCUCCUAGAGUGGCCUGACCAGGAACUGGACCGCGUCAAUAGCUUCUUGAGCAGCCGCUUGCAGGAGAUCAAGAGCACCGUCAAGGACUCCCUCUGUGCCAGCCUGAGUAUGUGUGAGCUCAGCGUGGAGAGCAGUGGGUUUAAGGAGGGGACUGUGGAAGCUCAGACCCUCACCCCUUCAGACCUCAGUGGCUCCUCUCAGAAACAGCCUGACAUCAACCUUGACCUGUCCCCUUUGACCUUGGGUUCCUCUCAGAGCCACACGUUACAGGCUCCAAGUGAGCCAGUCCCACCUUGGGCAGAAAGGAGAGACCCUCACCCACCACCAUGGACAGAGGUGAGGGGCCCACCUCCUGGUAUCCCUGAGAAUGGGCUUGUGAGAAGACUCAACACUGUGCCCAACCUGUCCAGGGUGAUCUGGGUCAAGACACCCAAGCCAGGCAACCCAAGCUCUGAGGAAAGUUCAAAGGAAGUUCCCAGUUGCAAACAGGAAUUAUCUGAGCCUGUGGCCACAGGUGGAAAGCCAAGAAAGAGCAAGAGACAGGGAAGUCAAGCCAAAAAGACCUUGGCAAGUCCAGCCCCCUGGCCCCCAGCCAAUCCAGAGGCUUCUGCUGCCCAAAGCCAGGUAUCGAGCCCCAAGCAGCCCGGCAAGGGCUCAGAGCCUGCCAAAGGGGCCAGUGGUGCAGAACCUGGAGAGGGCAGUCGGGGGAGCCGGCCAGGACCAAUUCAGGCUGACAGCCCCAAAACUGACAAGAAGGGUAGUUCCUGGCAGAAUUGGCCAGGUGGGGCCAAGGCACGGACUCUGGAGCAGGAAUCUGAGCAGACCCCUGGUCCAGCAAGGCCACAGAGCUUGUCCCAGGGCAAGGGCCGCAGCCGCCGGAGCCGAAACAAGCAGGAGAAGUCAGCCUCCUCCUUGGACGAUGUGUUCCUGCCCAAAGACUUGGAUGGGGUGGAGAUGGAUGAGACAGACCGAGAGGUGGAGUACUUCAAGAGGUUCUGUUUGGAUUCUGCAAAGCAAACUCGUCAGAAAGUUGCUGUGAACUGGACCAACUUCAGCCUCAAGAAAACCACUCCUAGCACAGCUCAGUGAGCCCUGCCCACGUUGACGUCUCCAGGUCACCUCAAGGUCCCAGCUCAAGCUGCAGAUGUAGUUCUGACGUGCCCUGCCACCUGUCUUGACCUGUCCUGCUCCCACUACCCUGACCAACCAAAAGCUGAAUGGACGCCAUGCUGUGCUGGGGCCUGUGAGGACCUUGGCAGAGCCACUUCCUGGUGCUAUGCUGCCUGCACUCAGAGCCCAGGGCUGGGCUGGCCUGUGAACCAAGGACUGGUGGGACUGCUGGGCUGGCCUGUGAGCAAGGGCUGGUGGGACUGCUGGCCCAAACCUGCUCUCUUUGUGUUUGGUUUCUGUUUUGUUUUUUUAAUUCUUUACUUUUGAUACUGUGAAUAUCUUUCGUGGGGAAAGAUAAAGCAACAUUUGGACACAGA